AUGAAAGUGCCGACUCAAUUUGAAGUUUGAAGAUUCAGUAUACAUUUGAAGCACUAUGAACGAAAAUGGCGAUAGGAAUACUUUUAACUCGAUAACUUCCUAGCAGUCCAGCUUUAUGUGAUGCUGAUGACGAUUACAUGACGAUUUGCUUGGUUGAUUGACUCUUUUGACAGAUUACGUCAUCCGCUGAUUAGACAGCUGUUUCAAUUAGGAUUUUUUGUAAUAAUCGAAAACUAGAAACGUAAAUAGUGUAAUUGUGAUUUUAAAAUGUCUUACGCGUACUUGUUCAAAUAUAUAAUAAUUGGAGACACAGGUGUGGGCAAAUCCUGCCUGCUGCUCCAGUUUACGGACAAGCGUUUUCAACCUGUUCAUGAUCUGACGAUCGGCGUGGAAUUCGGAGCGCGCAUGAUCACCAUUGACAGCAAACAAAUCAAAUUGCAGAUCUGGGACACAGCUGGUCAAGAAGCGUUCAGGUCUAUCACGCGCUCGUACUACCGUGGCGCUGCGGGCGCGUUGCUCGUCUACGACAUCACGCGCAGGGAGACAUUCAAUCAUCUCACCACUUGGCUGGAUGAUGCCAGGCAGCAUUCCAACUCUAAUAUGGUCAUCAUGCUCAUUGGCAACAAAAGUGAUCUAGAGAGCCGUCGUGAGGUGAAAAAAGAAGAGGGAGAGGCAUUUGCGCGGGAGCAUGGCCUGGUGUUCAUGGAAACAUCUGCCAAAACGGCAGCCAAUGUGGAAGAAGCCUUCAUCAACACAGCCAAAGAGAUCUAUGAGAAGAUUCAGGAAGGCGUAUUCGAUAUAAACAACGAGGCGAACGGUAUAAAGAUAGGCCCCCAGCAUUCACCGACGAACCCAUCUUUGCCAGGAGCCGGCGGUAGCUCGGGUUCGCAAGGUUCCGGAUGCUGCUAG